AACCCCACGGAUCCGACCAUUCUCGCUCACGGCUCUUUUCCUCCUCCCCGUGUCCGUGUCGUGUCGUCGUCAAACCGCCGCUUUCCAAUUCCAGGCCAUCAAAGGCAGCAGCAGCCCCCCUUCCGUCUCCGCACGCCACCACAGGACAGGAGCCUCGCCGCGCGUGCAGCGCGAUCCGAGGGCCAGGCCAUGAUGAGGAGCGUCAGCGGCACCGGCUCGGCCGGGAGCCGGAGGAGCGACCCCGGCGGCAGCGGCGAGCUGUCCCGCUUCUCCGUCGCCACCACCACGGCGUCAUCCGCCUCGGAUUCUUCCGCGAGCAGUGGCGCGCGCGGGAUCUCCUUCCUUGACGCCUUCCGGUCCUGCUUCGUGCCCCCGGAGGCGCGCUCGCCGGAGAACUCCAUGUCCGACGACUCCCACCCCUCCCACCAACUAUCACAGUCUUUGAGCUCACAAGGUUCUAACAGUGGGAGCGUGUUUGGGAGCAGGCGAUCAAUUAAAGGAAUGUAUAGUCCCAUGCACAAGAGUUCUUUAGAUAGGGAGAUCCCUGGCAGCACAAAAUUCUCCUUGUCACAGAUCCAGAAAGCAACAAAGAACUUCUCACCAAACUUCAAGAUUGGACAGGGUGGUUCUGGGACUGUAUACAAGGGUCAGCUUGCUGAUGGUACUCUUGUCGCUGUCAAACGGGCCAAGAAGAAUGUGUAUGACAAGCACAUGGGUCGUGAGUUCUGGAACGAGAUUGAGACAUUGCAACGCAUUGAGCACCUGAAUUUGGUUAGGUUUCAUGGGUACCUGGAGUUUGGUGGCGAGCAGUUGAUUAUUGUGGAGUAUGUUCCCAAUGGGAAUCUUCGAGAGCACCUGGACUGUAUAAAUGGUAAAAUAUUGGAAUUCUCAAUGAGAUUGGAAAUUGCAAUUGAUGUGGCUCAUGCUAUUACAUAUCUUCAUACCUAUUCAGACCAACCAGUCAUCCACAGGGACAUCAAAUCCUCAAACAUUCUUCUAAUGAACAAUUGUCGAGCCAAGGUUGCUGACUUCGGAUUCGCCAAACUGGCCCCAACUGAUGCUAGUCAUAUUUCUACUCAAGUCAAAGGAACAGCAGGUUAUCUUGAUCCAGAAUAUCUCAGAACAUACCAGCUCAAUGAGAAGAGUGAUGUCUACUCCUUUGGAGUCCUUCUGGUGGAGUUGGUUACUGGGAGGCGCCCUAUAGAGCCAAAGAGGUCAAUCAUUGAGCGUGUUACCACAAAAUGGGCAAUGGAAAAAUUUGUGGAAGGCAAUGCUAUUCAAACACUAGAUCCGAAUCUGGAAGCAACCGAUGCGAUCAAUCUUGCAGUCGAGAAGUUGUACGAGCUGGCUCUGCAAUGCUUAUCUCCAACGAAGAGGAACCGACCGAGCAUGAAGCGGUCCGUAGAGAUUCUGUGGAGCAUACGUAAAGAUUACAGGGAGUUGGUUGUACCCACCUCUGCCAUGAACUGAAGCAGAUCAUCUGGAGCAAUCAAGUGAACAAAAGAUGUAUUCCAUUUUGCCUCUCUUCAAAGGUUGGUGGUGGAAAUCACCCAAUUGCUGGGAUUCUUUCAGUUACCGCAAGUGGUUGUGAACAGGACUGAUGGCCUUCCUAGAUGUUGUGUAUCUACUAGCUAGAAACCAGAAAAAUCCCUUGCAGGUCUUAGUAUGCUGUGUGAAAAUGUUGCUGAGCAAACAUAUACGAGUACCAGAUAUCUAAUGGUGUGUAUAUCUUGUAGGAUUUCUUAUACAGGUAAAUGCAUCACUCAUGAUUCAUGAAAAAAUCUUGUUGUUUCCAUGCAGUAAUGCAUCUUUUGUUUUGUUGUCUAUGAUGAGCAAUGUUCAUCGUAUGAUUAGCAACAUUCGGUACCUGUAUUUGUGCUCUUUCUUUCCUGGCGUUUCAAUUUGUGCGGUGCCUCAUCCCGGCACAGGGGGUGAGGGAAUCACUGUUUGUAAUUUGGACGGUUAGACUCGGAGCUGCCUUCCUGACAAGUAGCUCAGUUACCUCUUUUAUCUUCGAGCUAAAAAUGCCCGUGCAUUGCUAUGUCGAUUAAUGUCA